AAACGCUCUUUAUUUAUACCAAAAUUAAGCCUCUAUCUUGAAUGCCAACACCUAGAAUUUUGACUACAAAAUUGACACUACCAUUUUUAAUCAUAUUUAUUUCGUAGAAGCAAAUACUUGUUGGAAUCUGUAAUCUAUUUCUUUUUUUGGGUUUCUGUUUGUAGGGUUUUUGUAGAUAAUCGAUCUUUUGAUCGUUUUGUUGGUGAAAUCGUAAAUCUUAUUGUUUUCUGAAGCGGGUUUGGCUUCAAAUUGUUGGAUGUUAAGAAUCGUUUCUUCUUUGGAGAUUAUUUGAUGGAAAAUUUAUGCUGUUUGCAGUUCAUAGGAGGCCCAUCAUCGUAUAGCUCUGGUAAGGGAAAAAACCAUGAGGGUAGUGUCAAGUUCGGUUUCGACUUAGUUAAAGGAAAAGCUAAUCAUCCAAUGGAGGAUUAUCAUGUUGCUAGGUUUGUGGAAAUAGAGCAACACGAGCUCGGGUUAUUUGCCAUUUACGAUGGCCAUUCGGGAGAUCGCGUGCCUUCAUACCUUCAGAAGCAUUUGUUCGAUAACAUCUUGAGUGAGAGCGAAUUUUGGGUUGAUCCAAAACGAUCGAUAUCCAAAGCAUAUGAGAAGACUGAUGAAGCAAUUCUUACACAUGACUCUGACUUGGGACGAGGUGGGUCCACUUCGGUUACCGCUGUUCUUAUAAACCGUCAAAGGUUAUGGGUAGCGAAUUUGGGUGAUUCUCGAGCUGUUCUUUCAAAAGGAGGUGAAGCCAUACAGAUGAGUACUGAUCAUGAGCCUAGUGCAGAAAGAGUCAGCAUUGAGCACAAAGGAGGAUUUGUCUCAAAUAUGCCAGGGGAUGUCCCUCGAGUGAAUGGACAGCUGGCGGUUUCUCGUGCUUUCGGAGAUAAAAGCCUCAAAUCCCAUUUGCGUUCCGACCCUGCUAUUCAAGAUACAAUCGUAGAUUCCAAAACCGACCUCCUUGUGUUGGCAAGCGACGGUCUUUGGAAGGUGAUGGAUAAUCAAGAAGCGGUCGAUAUUGCAAGAAGAAUCAAGGACCCCCAAAAGGCUGCUAAGCGAUUAGUAGCCGAAGCUUUAAAGAGAGACAGUAAAGACGACAUUUCGUGUGUUGUAGUUAGAUUCAGGUAAGAUUUUCACUCAUUUAUUUCCUUUUACGUCUUUUUUUCCAUUUACAUUAUGUGGGUCCCAUUUCCAUCAUUAUGGAAAUAGGACCCAACAAAAUGAAAAUAAGAAAAGGACGACAUGAAUUCUAUGUAAAGAACUCAUAUAAUGAGUCAAUACUUGAAAAUAAACCCUUUUGAGGGGCUAUGAAUAUGCUUAGAUUGGUGAAGAAGACACAUAAAUUUGAAUAGUUUGAAAUGGUUUUAUUUUUGUAAAUUCCAGCCUCAUUGGUAACUUUAGUUGAUUAUUGUAAGAUUCUUUAAAAAUGAGUAUGAUUGUUUGCUAUUAAUGGUUUUGAUUCAUGCCC